AUGGAGUACUCCCCACGACUGCGGCGGUAUGCAAAGACGGAGACAAUGCGGACGUAUAAUGCCGAUCUUGCUUACCGCAUGCAACCACUUUGCCCUUUGGCAUCUACAAUGAUGUACAUGAAUCACACAUCAUAUAAAAACGAGUUAAAUUCUCACAAUAAUAAUCUUUCUUCUUUUCCUUCUGGUGAUGAGGGUAAAUUGACUGCAGAAGAUACGAUUAGUGUAGAUAUUCACGAUGAGUCACCUGCUCAAGCCACACAUGUACCUCUUGAUUUCCCAUUAACGUAUGCUGAUGUGUAUACUUCUUCUUUUUCUAUAAGCCGUGAACUUAAUGGUCAUACGGGAUGUGUAAAUUCACUUUCGUUAAAUAGUUCAGGUGAAUUAUUAUUAUCUGGAUCUGAUGAUCUUUCUCUUUGUCUCUAUGAUACAUGUGAUUGGACGUUACGAAACCGUUUCCGUACAAUGCAUCGUUCUAAUAUAUUUGAUGCUGUUUUCCUUCCAGGUAAUGAAAGAUGUGUACUCUCAUGUGCACUGGAUGGACAUACCUUACUCACAGAUUUGGAAAGGGCAGAACCUUUUUAUAAAUGUCGUCAUAUGUGUAUGGCUUCAUCCAUAGCAACAUCCGUAUGGUGGCCAGAAACAGCUUAUGUUGCAUAUUCUAAUGGAGUAAUAGCUCGUGUGGAUACCCGUUUACGUUCUUCUUAUAAUCAACCCCCAGAUGUUGGAAAUCCCUGUAUUAGAGAAGUAACUCAAGUGCGAGCAUUAGCUGUUCAUGAACGUUGGCCUUUUUUAAUUGCCUCCGGUACAAAUACCUCACGUGUAUAUUUUCAUGAUGUGCGAAUGGGAUUCCUUGGGGCUUUUGCCUCUAUGUCUAUUUCAAGUGUUCAUUGGAGUGAUGGAGUUAGUGGACUUGCAUUUAGUGAUGCUGGUGAUUGGUUAGCGGUUAAUUACCGUCGUCAAGAUAUUUAUGCCGUUCCUUGGUUGGAAACUUUGUAUUCCCCUCAAAAAGAAGAAAUUCUUUAUGGUGAUUCUAAUGAAUGUGGAAAUAGUUUUGAACGUCUUUUAGGAAUGGGAACAAAGAGUACAUUACCAGAUGUAAUUGCACAUAAUACGUUGCGUUUACGAGGACGAGAAAAUCAUCAAACUAUGUUUAAAGAAGUUGCUUUCAUGGAAAAUGAUAAUAUUAUAUGCUCUGGAGGUGAUUGUGGUAAAGUAUAUUUUUGGUCUUUACGAAAUGGGAAUUUAUUACACAGUACACAAGGUGAUUCUGAUAUUGUAAAUGCAGUUGUAUAUAAUAAACGUACGGGUGCUUUACUUUCCUCUGGUAUUGAUGCCACGGUAAAGGUACUGGAAUCCAAUGGUUGUUUACGGAAACAAGAAAUACCUCAAGAAACCCGUGAAGUAGGAAUAGGAGUAAGAGUAGGAGGAGAAGAAGAAGAACAACAACAACAACAAACUGUAGGUGAAGUUGCGGUGGAAGUACCGGUUACUUCUUUGGUAAUGCAGUAUGUAACGGAUAUUACCGAUAUUGGUUCUGAAAUACAUCUAUACUCUAAUUUUAUUUUUAGUUCAGAGUCAGAAGAUAGUAGUGAUGAACUUUUUCAAUCUAAUAGUCUUGAUAGUGAUGCUGAAGUCGUACCUCCAUGGCGGAGGCCUAAUGAUUUAAGCUCUACACAAACUAUAUUUGAUGCUUAUAGAAAAUGUGCAUGUAAGCAGUUUGAUCUUGUACAAAAGUUACAGUUUUCUACAGGUCCUCGGGAUUUGCGUCAAUUUGUGAAAAUGAUGCGAAUGUUAUUGGAUAUGGCUAAUCGUGGUAACCUUGGAAUUGAUGCCAUGACGAAUUGGACAACUCUUUCAGCUCCAGAAGAGUCAUCUGAACUUGAAAUAUCUAGUGAUAAUGAGGAAAACUAUGGUCCUUUUUCAUUUAUUGAUGAUAUUGCUCUUUUGCGUGAUCUUGAGGAUUCUUCCUUAAGUGAUAUUCUUUUAGGGGAGAAUAGGUCAGAGGAAUAUAAUAAUAAUAAUAAUAAUAAUAAUAAUAAUAAUAAUAAUAAUAAUAAUAAUAACAGUGGUAAUGAAGAUGAUAUUUCUGUAUUAAUUGAAACGGAUGAGAGUAUACUUGAAGAAGACCAAGCUCCGAUAAUUAGUUUUAUUAGACGUCGUCGAAUCUUGGGUACGCGAGGGAUGAAUCUUGAUACUACUUCGGUAUCAUUAUUCCCAAUAAUGUGUAAUGCGUUUUAUGCCGUAAAGCGAUUUCUCGAUAUUGCUUUUCGUCUAUGGAGAGUACCUGGUCUUGGAAAAGUUCAAAUACCUCGCUGGAAUAGAUGUCGAUGGGGAACUGUUCCUUAUACCUCGGGAUUUGUAGAUAAUGAAUAUUUUGAUGGAUUUCCAGAAGGUGGGAUGGAUCCACCUUUUUUACGGAGUUUAAAUGAGAAUGAAGAGGUAUCAUCUGCUGCAAUAUAUGAUAAUGAUGGGGGAUCUACAGAAGAGGUGAACACCACAACUGGACGUGCAAAAGUUAUUUAUCUUUUAUAUAUAAUGGAUUUCCUCUUAAAAGGUAAAGAAUGCUUAUUUACCACAACGAAAGAACGUUGUCGAUACUGGCAGUUUCGUUGUAUAUUGGAACUCUGUUAUGUUUACUAUUAUAUGGCGAUUGGAGAUAUGGAGAUGGCAUUAGAACGAGUGAACCGAUUGGAGCGGCACGCGGAAUAUCGUUGCGUAACGGCAUUAGGGUCUGUAAGUAAGGCGUAUGUACUUCGACAACAGGCUUCUCAAGAAAAACGACAGAAGAAGAGAGAAGAGGAACGAUCUGAAGAGAUUAAUAAUAAUAAUAAUACUAAUAAUAAUAAUAAUAAUAAUAAUAAUAAAACGACGACGAUAUUGGAAUUACCCAAGUCACUGGAUUCAACUUGUUUUCCUCCAUUAUUGGUUCCAUUGGCACUUGAAAUUCGCAUAUUAGUACUCUCUCAACGCGCUAAAACUACUUGUUCAUAUGUUAGUGGUUUCUCUAAUUAUCAUACUGGAGUGACAGGAUUGGAAGAUGAAGAAGAAGAGGAAAGUAAUACUCAAGAGGAAGAAGAGGAAGAAAAAAAAAAGAGCGCAGUUCAGUCUGAACAACGCAUAUCUAUGCUAGUAGAAGAGAUGAGAAGGCGACUUAACGGGCAUCCGAAUCGAAGAGUAAGUCGAAAGGUUAUAUCUAUGCUUAAAGAUCUUCAGAUCAUGCUAUAG